UAUGCCUAAUUCCCAUCUCAUUCUCUAUCAUAUCACUACAUCUCUGAUCUGUGAGUCUGUUAUUUAAUUUAAUCAUUACUCCUAUGGAAUUACAUCGGCAACUUGCCAACCUAAGGCAGUCCUUUUUCGAUCAGGGAUAUCUUGAUGAGCAAUUUAUUCAGUUGGAAGAGCUACAGGAUGAUGCUAAUCCUAACUUCGUAGAGGAAGUUGUUACUUUGUUUUAUAAAGAUUCUGCUCGCUUAAUCCAUAGCAUUGACCAGGCAUUGGAGAAACAACCUCUAGAUUUUGCAAAGCUAGAUAGCUAUAUGCACCAGUUCAAGGGCAGUAGUUCAAGCAUUGGAGCCAAGAAGGUAAAUACUGAAUGUACGCAGUUCAGGGAAUACUGCCGAGCUGGAAAUGUGGAAGGAUGCAAGAGAACUUUCCAGCAAUUAAAGAGAGAAUAUGCAGUACUCAGAAAGAAGCUAGAAGCCUAUUUUCAGUUUGCAAGACAAAUUGGACCAAUUGAGAUGGCGUCUCGCCCAAAUUAAAGUAACUGGUGAGGAUUGAGAAAUAUGAUCCAAGUCAUAGGAGAAAGCAUAUGUUCUAGCAUUAGAGGUUAAGUUGCACUAGCUAAUAAUAUGGUUGUAUACAUUAAGCAUAUGGGAUGUGCUAUUGGAUACAUGAAAUGAAGACUUUUUCCACA